AUGAGCAGCAUGUCUCAGGAGAUCUUGGCCUUUUUAUUUAGCACUUCGGGAUGGGUGCUGGUGUCUUCCACCUUGCCGAUGGAAUAUUGGGAGGUAUCUUCAAAUGAUGGAUCAGUCAUCACCACAGCUACAUUCUAUUCCAAUCUUUGGAAGACCUGCGUCAUUGAUUCAACUGGAGUCUCUAACUGCAAAGACUUUCCCUCGUUGCUAGCACUGAAUGGCUACAUCCAAGCAUGCAGGGGAUUGAUGAUUGCAGCCGUCUGUCUGGGUUUUUUUGGUUCUAUAUUUGCCCUUGUUGGAAUGAAAUGCACCAAACUUGGAGGAACUGACAAAAACAAAGCCAGUAUUGCCUGCUUUGCAGGUGUAAUUUUCCUUCUUAGUGGCCUCUGCUCACUUUCAUCAUGCUCCCUCUAUGCACACCGGAUAACAACAGAGUUUUUUGACCCACUGUUUUAUGACCAGAAGUAUGAACUGGGAGCUGCGCUUUUUAUCGGCUGGGCAGGUUCUAUCCUCUGUAUCCUCGGAGGCAGCGUGCUCUGCUUCUCCAUUACAGGUUCUUUUACCAAAAGCCACAGUCGAGCAAACUAUAUCUACAAAGGUGCUGUCUCACAGUCUCAUAUCUCCUCCCGCCCAAGAGGGCAGGCACAGUCUGUAAACCAGAGGCCGCCUCCUGACUGCAGCAACUCCUCCAGGAUUCAGCACUUUGAUAAGAAUGUGUAUGUGUGA